AUGUGCUGCAGAGUUCAGAAGUGGGAGCCCUCACUGUGGGCUGGCGAGUCCAAUGGGGGCGCGGCGCCAGGGCCGCGCGUGCGUCCUGCAGCCUCGCCUGGAAGUCGGUGCCUCUGUGCUGAGCGCGAACCCGCGGAGAUGAACCCUUUAACUAAAGUGAAGCUGAUCAACGAGCUGAAUGAGCGUGAGGUCCAGCUUGGGGUGGCAGAUAAGGUGUCCUGGCACUCCGAGUACAAGGACAGCGCCUGGAUCUUCCUGGGAGGGCUUCCUUAUGAACUGACUGAAGGGGACAUCAUCUGUGUGUUCUCACAAUAUGGAGAAAUUGUUAACAUUAAUCUGGUGCGGGACAAGAAGACUGGGAAAUCCAAAGGAUUCUGUUUCCUCUGCUAUGAGGACCAGAGGAGCACAAUUCUGGCCGUUGACAAUUUUAAUGGGAUCAAGAUCAAAGGAAGAACUAUCCGAGUGGAUCAUGUGUCUAACUAUCGGGCUCCUAAGGACUCAGAAGAAAUGGAUGAUGUGACCAAAGGGCUCCAGGAGAAGGGCUGUGGGGCUCACACCCCUUCACCGAGUUCAUCUGAGGGCUCUGAAGAUGACAGACCCACAAAAAAACACAAAAAAGACAAAAAGGAAAAAAAGAAAAGAAAGAAAGACAAAGAGAAGACUGACCGGGAGGUACAGGCAGAGCAGCCAGCCUCCUCAUCAUCACCCAGAAGCAAGGCGAUAAAGGAAAAGGAUGACCCUGGCUCUAAAAAGUCCAGCAGCAAGAACUCAGAGAGGGGUCAGAAGUCAGAGUCCAGGGAGGAGCAGAAGCAGCACCCCAGCUCCCCUGAGGCCACGAUGACCUGUCGCAGUGGAGCAGAGGACCGAGAGAGGGAGCCCAAGAAGGAGAAGCCCACGCACGAACACAAGUCCUCAAGCAGGAGGGAAGAAAGAGAAGACAAGAACAGGGACAGAGACAGAGGUCGAAACUCAGACACGCAUUCUAGCCGGCACAGUGAGCGUUCUGAGGGGCGUAGUCACAAAAGUAGAAGUAGGAGCCAGGAUAAAUCUCAUAGGCAUAAAAGGGCCCGGCACUCCUGGGACCAGGAGUCCUCUAAUCCCAGUGACCGCAGGCAUCACUGACGCUGCAGCCUGCUCAGCUCCUCGGUAGAAUUGGAAAUUAACUACGUUUCUAAAAUGCAAUCAAAUUCAGUUAUGCUUUUACUAUUUCUCUAUGUAGAAUCUCUGAGCUGAAUUCUUGUCAUCCCUUGCGUAUUGGAGUGAUUGAGAGAGCUAUAGUUUCAACAGCCGAAUGUCCUGGAGCAAGAUCCAUUGUUCCUGGGAAUACACUUGGUACUUAUCAGAGUAUGUAUCCUAAAUUGGGGUUCAUGAAUAUGGCCUUUGAAGUUAUGACCCCACUGUAUGAUGAAAUGUCCAAGAAAGGGGAAAUACCAGGCAAUUCUAGGCUUUUAAUCUGUGUGCUAGAUGGUUAGAACCAUUGCAGUGACCUUUCCAGUUGGCAGAUAGAGCCAUGGAGUGGAGAAGCCUGGGUUACCUAGGUUCAGACAGCUUGAUGCAAAUGUGAUAACGAUUCUUAACAUCAGCCUGCUCCCCCCCUUUCUUUUGAAAUUUUAAACGUCUUUUUUUUUUUUUUUUUGCUUUUUGUUUUUUGGUUAAUAUGUC